AUGCAAAUCGUGGGCAUUGUGACCAUGGCGAAGAGAUCGAGUUUGGACGAAUUUUCAGCGGAAUACUCGAAGGUAAAAGAAUAUUUUGACUUAAUCCAUCGUAAAAAUUCAAUUUAUCGCAUUUAUUGGUGAUUUAACUCACAGAGGAUAUGGUACUUUGGUUUGUGUAAAUGCCAGCUGAGUGUCCGUGACACGAAUCUACUAAAUUUUUGUUUUUAAAGGGUUCCAAACUGUAAUUACAUUACUGUAUAACAAGUUGGUCCAAGGGAAAAUAAGUGAGUCGCUAAAUUAUGUUGUAACAAUCACGUACUCAGGUUCGGCAUCGCAGAGCUCGAGAACAACCACCAAUCGAUACUAAGGAAAACGUGGAAAAGUUCCAAUUGAUCGAACUUAGAAAUUUAUUGUAGACAAAAUUGAUUUUGAAAAAUCAUUAAUACUACUAGUGUCCGGAUUGGAUCAUUAAACCCAUGGAAAUUGAAACAUCAGGUAAGUUUAUUUUACAAAAGCAGUAGACCACACUUUCUACUGGUUUAUCAGCGUUAUGGUAAUAACCCUCUUAGUUGUUGGGAGAACAUAGGACAAGUUUGUAACUCGCUUGCCUUUAGCUCGUUGUUUGGAAACUCUUGUUCUGUUCUCCUUGUGGAAAAAGGCCCUCAAAUAUUUUUUCAUGCGGAUUUCCAUUUAUAGAAGGUGCUCUACACUGAACAGAUUUUUGAAACACUCUUCAUCUUUCUCACUGCUAUGAAAGAAAAAUAUUAAAUUGAUCAAUCUUUAAAUAGUGCCUUAAAAUGUCUGAAAACAGGUGACAAAACUUGACAGGGAUCCUGAACAUCCAAGAUAUCUUAUUCCUGAGCUAUGCAAGCAGUUUUAUCACCUGGAUUGGGUUACAGGAACUGGAGGAGGGAUCAGCAUCAAAUAUGGGUUUGUUUGUAUUAUUGCUCUUAUGGUAUUUUUGACAUUUUUUUAUACACCCUUCCUUUGUUUUUGUAACUUACCAGCCUGUACACCAGAUAUAUUAUGUACUUAUUGACCAUGUACAGACCAAGUGCAGCAAGGACUCUGUGUCAUGACGGAGAGCCAAAUAUUUUCCCUCCAGCCUGACCAAACUCAGUCAAUAAGCAUUUUAUCUUAUGACCACUAACUGUUGAAAAUUAAAAUAGGAUUGGAUGUGAUUCCUUGAUAAAAACAUUUCCUUACUUUUUUUGAGUCUGGACAUUAAACUCACAAUUCAUCUAAAACUGUAGGAAUUUCUUUUUACUCUUUCCUAUUUUCCUACUUUGCAACAAAGUGGAGUAAGUACUGGGCUUGACACCUGUUUUUGAGACCUGGCCCUAGACAGUCAGCUUUUACAAUGGUUUUCUAUGGGAUUGUGCAAGUGGGGCAGUAUUGGUCAUAUGAUAAUUUCUGAUGUGUAGGUGGUAAAUAUUCUAAUCAUAAUGUACUUAGGUAAAUUGGUGAUGUUGAGGAUUAAGCCAGGAAUGAGUAGUAUAUGGACAAAAUAGUUUGUUGUUCUCCACAGCACUUCCCUAGUCCAUAUUUGCCAUUUCUAGACUUUUAUAAAUCCAAAAUUACAAUUAAUUUAAAAACCCUUUCACACAUCUUUCACAGAAGAUGUUUCAGAGGACUUUAGAAGCAGCCUUGUUUGUGUCAAAAUUCUUGUGUCCAAUAUGUUGACAGUAGUGAAUGGAGAGAAAAAAGGCUUAGUUGUAUUUGCCUUGUGAUCAGGGCAUGAGUUGUACUUUACAGCAGCCCAUAUUUCUGUUCCUUACCCUGAGGUGUAUCAUUUGGCAUGAUCAGACAUUCUAGCAAAUACCCUCUCCCCUUCCUCCCCUAUUAUCCUUGGAAUUUGUCUCUAGAAGGUUGUUUUGUGUAUUACCUUUUAAAGCAAUUAUCUUUUCCUCGAAGAAUAUUCAGAGCAUCAAGUUAGCUAAAAAAUAGGCUUCAUGACAUUUCCACGUGAAAAAUUCUUAUUUGUAAACAAUUUUUGACAUUGUUCUUUGGUUUUGACAGCAAUGAAAUCUUCAUUGCACCAUCAGGGGUGCAGAAGGAAAGGAUAGAGGUAAAUAGUUCAUACUUUCAGAGCAAAAAAGCUUUGCCGAGCUGUUUUUAAAUUUAUUUUCAUUUCUUCCUUCACUCUUUAAUGAACAAAAAAUUCUAUUAAUACUAAUGGCCUUAUUAUACAGUCUGCAACCUCGUAAAAAUACUUUUUUGUUGUUCUUUAUGUUUCAUAUACAACUUUAACUAUUGAGAAAAUACCAAUUGUGACUUUACACAUUCAUCUCAACACAAUUCGAUUUUUUCUCUUAUGUUUUGUUCCUUGUAGCCUGAAGACAUGUUUGUGUGUGACAUGGAUGAAAAUGAGCUUUGUUCUCCUCCUCCAGAGUAAUUAUAAUUUCAAUACAUUCCUUAACAUUUAUCUGCUUUAAAAAAAUGUGAAUAGAGAAAUUAACCUGUACUUUAUUUAUUAUGUCAUCUGUUAUUUCUAACUUAGAGUAUUUUCUAAUUUAUAUCACACAUUACAGGAAGAAACUCAAGAAAAGCCAAUGUACUCCUUUAUUUAUGAAUGCCUUCACAAUGAGAGGUAACCACAUACAGAGUAUUAUUACAGUGCAUUAUUAUUAUUUAGUAAUAAGUGAGUGACACAUCAGAAAAUUUUGUAGCCAAUGGAGACAAAUCUGAUCACCUGUGUGCAGAAUUUGUCAGCAAAUUUUUUCCAAUAAUUGACUUUUGCAGUGUAUGCCAUUUUGAAUAGUAUUAUAAUAAUAAAAGUUGUGUGAACUGGAAAAGUUGACUUUAAUUCACAGCAAUAAGCAAAGAAAGAUGACAGUGAUGGGUACAUAAGCUUAUGAUAGUGAAUUUUAUAUAUGGUAAGUAUAUCAAGUGGGACUGAUAUUAGCCUUUUAAUCAUGAUCAGCCAAUAGCUAAAAUUUGCAAAAAUUCCCAUCCCAGCUUGUAACUUACUUUGAGCAAUUCAGUGUUCUUUCCUCAAAGCAGUUGCUUGUUUAUUGUGUUAGGAGCUGGAGCAGUGAUUCACUCGCACUCCAAGCACUGUGUCAUGGUCACUCUACUUUACCCUGGAAAGGAAUUCCGCAUCACUCAUCAAGAAAUGAUUAAAGGGUUGAAGAAAGGUACAACAGGUGUGAAUUACAGGUGAGUGAGGAGGUUUUGUUUUAUUACAGUGUUGGGGUAAGGUGCAGAGUGUUUAAGUGUAACCUUAUUCCUGAGGAAUACAAGUGAUGAAUUUAAAUAAAAUUGAGACGAAAAUAUUGAUAUUUAUUGCUCACAGCUGCACGUGCAAUAUUAAUGAAAAUCAUGGUGAAAAAUUCUCAUAUGAAGGCCGUACGCCGUGGUGCGAGCAUGGCCAGAAAUAACCCACACGACCCACACUCCUAGACACAUUUGUUGGGGCCCUCUGCCUCCCCUGCCCCUCUCCUUGUUGGUUUGUAAGAUGGCACAGGAACAUUGGCUAUUGAAAGGAAUUAGUUCAAGGUGUCUUUUCUCACUGUCAAAGAUGCCAAAGGUUUGACUUUUCCACCUUUGUGGGAUUUUGAAAAAGGUAUUCAUUAUACCCUCAAGAAAGAGCAUGUGAAAUCAGUUUCUUUAAAAUGUUGUUUUUGGUGAGGUUCUUUCAAGUCAUAUUUCUGUGAAGUUACAUAAUUAUUAAUUUUAUGAGAGUCAUUGAAGAUUGGGAGAAUCUUUUCACAUCUGAGAAAAAAAAACUGGAAAGUAAAGUUCUAAGGGAAGGAUGUUAUUAUAAAAUAGGUUUUUGUCAGGAAUAUUUCCAAGGGGAAAGAGAUACAAGUGGUUCUUUUUUAAUAAUAGAUGAAGAGCCCUUCCUUGAAAUUUCAUUAAAGGUGAACCGAAAUCAGACAAACAUUUUUUCCUUUUUUUUUUUUUUAGAUAUGAUGAGGAGCUUGUUGUUCCUAUAAUUGAAAACACACCAGAGGAACGAGACUUAAAGGUGUACAAUGCUAGGAUUUAGGGAUUGAAAUAUCUGUACUGACUUUUGUGUGUAUCCAGCACAUAAAAGGUGUUUUGUAUUAGGUAUAAGUGUUAAUUCAUUAAUGUUUAGUAAUACACGAAAAAGCAUUGAAUUUAAGUACAACACUUGGAGUGAACCCUGAAGUCAAAUGGGGAUCUGUGUAGGCAAGGCAGGUUAACCUCCAAAAACUAUUGCAUUAGAGUGUAGUACUGAUGCCUAGUAACAAAUUUAAUAUGAUUAUUCAAAAUUAAACAACUGAAGACAAAGGUUUUGAGACAGCUCUGUAAAGUCAUGAUUUGAUAUCACAAAAGCUUUAGGGCAGAACUUAUUUUAUCUGUUUUGGUUUAAUUGGUGCAUGCAUUAGUAUGCAUUUAUAAAUAAUUUAUGAAGUAGGAGGAUUGGAGAGCACAAAAGUUGUGUAAGAGUUGCUCUAGGUGCAGCUGUAAGUAAUUCUAGUGUCUCACAUGCUCACCAAACUUUCCAAGUGCUUUAUAUCUUGAUGGUGGCACAUGACACUAUUGUUUCAUAGCAUUUUUGACAGGAAAUGUUAAUGAUUUGUUGAAGAACAUUUAUAAUAAAUGUGCUAAGCUUCGUUAUAUUCACUGACAUAAUCAGCAUGUUUAAUAAGAGACAGUGUGAAAUGUGCUCACACUAUUGAAUUUAGGUAAAUGAAUUUUCCAGCUUGAUGUAAUAGGUAUUUCUGACUAUAAUGACAACUCAUUCAGUAUGUCUUUACACCCAAAAGGAAAGUAUGGCAAAGGCCAUGGAGCAGUAUCCAGACUCUUGUGCAGUCCUUGUACGUCGACAUGGAGUGUAUGUCUGGGGAGAUACAUGGCAGAAAGCAAAAACAAUGUGAGUGGUAUAUGUGUGAUGAAUCAUAACUUACAGAUUGUGAUGUAUAAUAUCAGUCUAAUAAGUGUUUCUGGUGCAGCUGAGGAGAUUGUCAUGUUGUGUCUCUCAGUAUUGCUCAAUGGCCUUAAGAGAGAUUCUGCAAAAAGGUACAGUCAGUACCUGUUUAUUCUCCUGACUGAAGGGUUUACUUUAGGAAAACUUUUUGUCACUAAAACAGACUAAGAUAAAAACCUAGAAUGCUCCAAGCAAAUUCCUCAUUUGUCACCAUCAGUACCAGUCUUUUUUUGUGUGUGUGUGUUGUUUGACUAGCCAUGUUUGUUAAUCCAUUACAUCCUAACAUCAGUAUGCAUAUUCUCCAUACUGUUCUCAAUACAUUUCCCAAGAUGCUCACCAGAAGAAUUUUGAGCAACAAUCAAGACCUUUUGUACUUGGUGAUCAUUUCCUUUAUUCUUUUAACCAUAUUGUGUAAUCCAGGGGUAAUAUUGGUAGGAGAAAGUACAUGCUAGUCACUUUUAGGAGUUUAAAGGGUUCAAUGUCUGAACUCAGUUUACUUACUUCUCUAUUUCAAAUAACUUCUCUUGGAUUUACAAAUUUAGUCCUUCAUGUGAAGCCUUCCUAAGGCUUUGGAUUUUAGUUAUUCUUAAGAAGAAUUGGGGUGUUUUGUGUUGCCUGGUUCUUUCAGUAAUAAAUGACCUACUUAAAGUCCUCUAAGGAAUGAAUGUAUCACUUAAGUCAAAGAGGAUAUUUGUCAAAAAACAGUUGUACAAGAAACGAAAACUGUUUAUGUUGCCUAAUUUGUCUCUUUUUGGACUUUUCCACAUCCUUCUUCCCAGGUGUGAGUGUCUGGAUUACUUGUGCGACAUUGCUGUACAGAUGAAGAGUCACGGACUGGAUCCUACAGAAAAACCAAAACCCAGGGAAGAUAUGGACAAUGGGAUCUUAUAGAAGGACAUCUGUUUAAACUGGUUUACAUUGUUGACCAUACAAAUAUUUGUAGCUUUAUGGUAAAUUUGGCCAGGAGAUACCAGUGCAUCAUACAUACAGGCAGAAAGGUGGUGGUUCUGAGUACAAGGGCUUGUGGGAUACGUGAUAAUGAUGAUGAUGAUAAACUUUUAGUAUGAAAAAGGGUUUCCUACAAAGAAAUUUUAUAAUAAUGGUCAAAUGAAAUUAUUUCAUUUAAGAAAGCCUAAAUACGGUAGGUUGUAUAUAUAUCAAGAGUUCCAAACUGCAAGAAUACAAGUGAUGAAUUUAAAUAAAAUUGAGAC